ACAAUAGCAUUCGCUGUAAAAUAUUUAAAUUAAAAUAGGCCAUGAAGACUUGCGAACUUCAAUUAAUUUAAAGUAAUUAUCUCCCACUCAGGUCACUCAAACAUAAUUUAUAAACGUUUUUCAAUACGUGCAAAGCCCAAUCAAAAAGCGUAAAGGUCAAGAAACGUCGCGCAUUAACAAGCAUAUUUACUAAACAAAUGUGAGACUAGCUUUGAAGCGGGUGUGGUGUCGAGAAGAAACACAUCACAUUGUUGUGAUUAAUAUUGUCAAUGCAUGCAUGUACCUGCUUGCAUAUGUAUACACAUUGGAAUAUUGAGAAUUCAGCAGAUGUAAUAAUACCGUUACACAUUACACCAAUGCCAAAGGAAAACGACAACACUAUAUCACGUCAACUACAACAACUAAUUUGUAUACAACUUAUAUGUUGAAGUAAAUUGCAGCCACUUCUGCAGAAAUAGAGAGAGGAGCCAGUAAAGUUCGUAUAGACACCGUUGGGCAAGAAAACAGCUGAUCAGCCACUUGCGUUAUUAAAAAGAAGAAGAAAUAUCACCGGCAAAUAAAUACACUCAUAAAACUGUUAUAUACCUGUUAGCACAUCUAUUAGCAGGCAAUACGUAUAAUAGAGAAGAGACAACCACGAAUGUUAUAAUGUCAACAUACGGUGCAUCAUAUAAUAAUGGCAACAGUGCUAAUACCGAAAAGUUACGCAUGCACAGCACAAACAACAGCUUCUGUACCGUUCAACAGACAAAAGCGAACAUGAAAUCUAACAGCUCGAGAAACAUGAGCGGCACGAAUUUGCUGCAAUUCCUGGCCAUAGUGUUAGCCUGCGUGGUUUGUUACUGGAAUAGCGCGCAAUGUGAACUAGUAUUUGAUGAUAUUAGCGCCGUACGCGACAACAAGGAUUUGCGUCCGUACACACCAAUUCGUAACAUUUUUCUCAACGAUUUCUGGGGCACACCAAUGCGCAAAGAACAAUCGCACAAAUCGUAUCGGCCUCUCACAGUGCUCACUUUUCGCUUCAACUAUUGGCUGCAUGAGCUACAGCCAUACGGCUAUCACAUUGUAAACAUCCUGUUACACAUUGUGGUGUGUCUGUUAUGGCGCCGUGUGUGUAGAGUAUGCCUGUUGCAUUGCGCCUGCGCUGGGGGAGAGUCUGCUAUCGCUCUGCGUUGUAAUGUGUUGUGUAUAAACACUUGUAGCUUCUUGGCGGCACUGCUGUUUGCAGUGCAUCCCAUACACACAGAAGCUGUUACCGGUGUAGUGGGACGUGCCGAGCUACUCUCUUCCAUAUUUUUUCUGGGUGCAUUUCUCUCGUAUGCAAGCGCCAUUGAAGUGUCGGUUACCGCCAAUCGUCGUCAUUUACAACAGCAACCUCUGCAUAAAAAUAUACGCACUCGAUGGUCGGUGUUAUGUUGCAAUUUUUGUAGUUGCUUAGUGGCUUCCAUGCUGUGCAAGGAGCAAGGCAUCACCAUAGCGGGUAUUUGUGCUGCAUACGAAUUGUUCGUUAUACAGCAGGUGCAUCCACGUGAACUCUGGUUAUGUGUGCAACGUUUAUUCGAAGAUAGAACGCGUAUUUGGUCACCGCAACAUGCAGCUAAAAGCGCAGUAGAUUCAUCAGCCAGUGCGUUGCCAUCGGCCGACGAGAACAAUCGUUCAAGUAUUAACGGCAUUUGGAAUGGAAGUUUGGUGCGCCGCUUGUCGUUUCUCGUUUGUAUUACGGUUGGCCUUUUGAUUGGACGAGUUUACGUGAUGGGCUCGCAACUACCGGUCUUCACGCGAUUCGAUAACCCAGCUUCGGCAGCGGCGACACCAUCGCGGCAGCUCACCUAUAGUUAUCUUAUUUACUUGAAUUUAUGGCUUAUGUUCUUUCCCUGUGACUUGUGCUGCGAUUGGACAAUGGGUACUAUUACUUUGAUCGAAGGCUUUAGCGAUGUACGCAAUUUGGCCACUCUUGCCGCCUUCGCUUCGCUGGCCGCCAUAAUGUGGCACGCAUGCACAACUCGUAAUUUAACUCGAUCCCGCGUGCUGCUGAUGAGUCUCGCUUGGCUGGCAUUGCCAUUUGUGCCCGCCUCCAAUCUCUUCUUUCCGGUUGGGUUUGUAGUGGCCGAACGAAUACUCUAUAUGCCCUCUAUGGGCUAUUGCCUAUUUGUGGCAUAUGGCUACGUGCAAUUGGAGGAAUAUCUUCGAAGCAAAAUGGUUCUACGCCGUUUGAUGCAAUUAUCACUUGCUUUAUUGUUGCUCACACAUGCGCUGAAGACGCAUCAACGUAAUGAGGAUUGGCGCACAGAGUACAGACUGUUCAUGUCUGGCGUACAUGUGAAUGGCCGUAAUGCAAAACUCUUCAACAACGUCGGCCAUGCACUUGAAAAUGAGCAACGUUACGCGGAGGCCUUGUUAUAUUUCCAGCAGGCUGUAAAAAUACAACCGGACGAUAUUGGAGCGCACAUCAAUGUUGGACGUACCUACAAUAAUAUGCAACAGUACGAUCAAGCGGAGUUGGCGUAUCAAAGGGCCAAGGCUUUGUUUCCCCAGGUGAAACCCGGUGAAAGCUAUCAAGCGCGCAUAGCACCCAACCAUCUGAAUGUGUUUAUUAAUCUAGCGCAACUGAUAGCGCGCAAUCGUACGCGACUUGAAGAGGCUGACCUUUUAUAUCGGCAAGCGAUCAGUAUGCGUGCUGACUAUGUCCAAGCGUAUAUAAACCGCGGCGACAUAUUGAUGAAACUAAAUCGCACCACACAAGCGCAAGAAGUCUACGAAAAGGCACUAUUGUAUGAUAGUGAGAAUGCUGAUAUCUAUUAUAAUUUGGGUGUGGUAUUUUUGGAGCAGGGAAAAAGUGCGCAGGCGCACGUCUACUUCAAUAAAGCCAUCGAAUUGUACCCGGAACAUGAACAGGCAUUACUAAAUUCCGCCAUUCUACUACAGGAGCACGGCGGUGCUGAAGCGCGUGAAUUGUCGCGUGUGCGUCUCUUUAAGGUUCUAAACAAGGAUGCGAACAACGAGAAGGUCUACUUCAAUUUGGGCAUGCUGGCCAUGGACGAAUCGAAUUUCGAAGAAGCGGAACAAUUCUUUAAGCGCGCAAUACAUCUGCGUGCCGACUUUCGCAGUGCGCUCUUCAAUUUGGCGUUACUGUUAGCCGAUGCAAAUCGGGCGUUGGACGCAGUACCGUACCUGAAUCAGCUAAUACGUCAUCAUCCUGAACAUAUUAAAGGUUUAAUCUUACUCGGUGAUAUUUAUAUAAAUCACAUGAAGGAUCUAGAUGCGGCUGAGCAAUGCUAUCGGAGUAUACUUACUUAUGAGCCGCACAACAUACAGGGUCUGCACAAUUUGUGCGUAGUAUUUGUGGAGCGCAAAAGGUUGGCGCGUGCCAAUGCGUGUCUUCGUUAUGCACAUCAUUUGGCACCGCAUGAGGAUUAUAUUCUGCGUCAUUGGCAAAUUGUACAGCAACGCUUACAGAAGAUAUCAAAGUUACCUGAAACGUCGCUGGAGCGACAAAUUGCCUAUGUUGACUAUGAGCCUGACGAGUUUAAAGUCAUAGCAACGAAAGUGGACAGAAAGGAACAUACAAGCUUAGAGCAAGAAAAACAGCAACAGAAACAACAACAUCGGUAGGAGCAAACAGGAAAUAAUUAAUAUAUAAAUAUGAAGACAUACUGAGUAAGUUUGAACAACAUUUGUUGACAAUGUGAAAAAAUCUAGCAAUUAAGGGAUAGAAUCUAGCAAUUAAGAGAAGAUGGUACUUAAAUGUAAAUAUAAGCUCAAGCUGAGUGUAUGCGUCGUUGAAGAAUUGAAGACCAAGUAAACUGUUUACAAAACAAAUGAAAUAUUAACUACGGUAAACUUUGUUCAUCACCAUCAUUUUGUAGACUCUAAAAUCACGUACAUCCGUCACUAAUAUUCUAUUUUUAAAUUGUAUGUGAAUCCUUACUGUGCUGAUAGAGCGCACCAGUUGAUUACAUACUAUACUUCUCUAAGUUUUCUAUAACUGCGAUGUCGGUUCUAGUUGUAACAGCAUAAAGGGUUUUCCAUAAAUUUCGGGGAAAAAACUGCAGGAGUCUAAGUUCUUGGCCGUAUAUAAAUCUCAGCUGUAUGAACAAUCGGUUAUCCCAUGAAAACCAAACUCGUAUAUCCGGUCAAGGACUCUAGUUUUACAGCUGCAUUCUCCAAAAUGGUAUAAAGGUGUUAUAACAACAAAAAGAAUAGGAACAGUUUUAUGAUGCGGUAGCAGCUGUGAUUAGCUUGAAAUUACCUUAGGCUGCAAGUUAUCGAUACGAAGAUCCAAAUCCAGGGGAUGGAUUCCGUUUCACCAAUAGCAUGUUUUCCAACGUUUCUUCGCUUAACAGAUUUUUGCUCUCAGUUAAUAUGAUUUUAAAAUUUUUUUGUCACCUUAAAUCAAAUAAAUCUUUUAUCCGUACUAUUUAUUUAUUAAUUAUUUAAAAACAUUUCAUUGUGGUUUCAAGGCUUUUACGAUGUUAUUUAUUUAUUUAGUUUAUGAACACAUAUUUCUUACAGACUAUUUGUAUAUCGACCAUUUUUUUUUACUUCGGUUGCAAAAUCAUUUAAGUGCAGACUUGGAAGGAAGUAGACCGCAGAAACUACAAAAUUCGGCUUUAGAUUAACCAUUUCUGCAACAAUUAUAUCAAGAUUAGAAGAGAACGUAAUGCUCAUGAAUUGAAUUUGUUUUUUUCACGGCUAUGGAUACAUCCCCAUAGCCAUCUGGCCUAUUUUUUAUCAUAUUAAAGUUAAUAAAUUUCCUACAUUUAUUUUCAUCAUUGAGUUGUACCACGCCAGGGCUGCGCCUUUUAGCUUGGUGUGAAUAACGACUCCUAGCACAGCGUAGUUUAUUUGUACUACCUCGGGCAAAUGCAGCAACUAAUUAUGCCAGGCUUUGGACCCGUAGCCGCCAUCGUACACAGGUAUU